AUGUUCGCGCUAGAUGUGAAAAGGCCCGAGCUUCUUUACUCGAAAGUUGUUGAGGUUCCUGAACGUGUGACGUUGCACGAUUCGACGUCCUACAGGAGGGGGGAUAAGGACGAUAUCCAGCUAGUCCCGCCAGGUCAUCCACCACAAAGGGCGGCGAAUGGCUCCUCACAGGAGGCUUGCGAUGAAGUAGUCACUGGUCUUUCUGGCGAGAGAAUUCGCAUCGUUGAGAAGCUCGACCUAGAAUUUACCAAGGAAGCGCUGGGGGAGACGUUCGCUGAGGGUUUCCGCAGUGUGGCAAUAUGCUUGCUGCACUCAUACACUUUUCCGGACCAUGAACUGGCCAUAGCGGAAGAGGCCAAGAAGAUUGGUUUCACGCAAAUCUCGGUUUCCAGCGAACUUUCACCGGCCAUCAGGAUGCUGUCUCGAGCAAACUCAGCCGUAACUGACGCGUAUCUGACCCCGGAGAUACAGAAGUAUCUUCAAGGCUUCAGAGCUGGAGUUGAUACAGACAGCCUCCGAGACGUGAACUGGAGGAUCAUGCAGUCCGACGGCGGCUUGGUACACCCAUCUAAGCUUUCAGGCCUUCGAGCACUUCUGUCAGGUCCAGCGGGCGGAGUCAUUGGGUACGCACGAACGUGCUUCCUGCCCGAAAAGCCAAGGGCAGUGGUAGGAUUCGACAUGGGGGGUACCUCGACAGACGUCUCCCGGUUUUCUGGAUCCCUGGAACAUGUAUUUGAGUCCACCACGGCGGGAGUGUCUGUACAAGUCCCGCAGCUGGAUAUCAACACUGUUGCCGCCGGCGGCGGCAGCAUUCUAUCCUGGCAGAAAGGGAUUCUGGCGGUUGGGCCUGCAAGUGCAGGCUCGCAUCCCGGUCCGGCAUGUUACCGCAAAGGUGGUCCGGCAACGAUAACGGAUGCUAAUCUGGUGCUCGGUCGGAUACUUCCGGAUCGCUUUCCUUCAAUUUUCGGGCCAUCUCAAGAUCAACCGCUCGAUUACCAUGCCUCAUAUGACAAGCUAAGCGCCUUGGCUGAAGAGAUCAACCGGGACGAAGGCACCACGCUCAGCGUCCAUGAGGUAGCUAGCGGCUUCAUCACCGUUGCGAACGAGACCAUGUGCCGACCCAUACGUGCCUUGACAGAAGCCAAGGGCCACGCUGCUUCGGACCACAUUCUUGCCGCGUUUGGGGGCGCUGGUGGUCAGCAUGCUUGCGACAUCGCCCGAACGCUCGGUAUCAAUAGGGUUGCAAUACACAAAUACUCGUCCGUUUUGUCUGCGUAUGGUAUGGCGCUGGCGGACACGGUUCAAGAGGAGAGGAAGCCCUGCGCGGAGAUCCUUGCCUCCCCAAUACAGUCCACUGUACGAUCCACGUUUGACGACCUGAGAGAGCAGACUACCAAAUCGAUCCGAGAAAUGGACCCAACUUGUACAAAGAUGGAGUCGAGCUACUUUCUCAAUCUUCGAUAUGAGGGAAGCGAUAACGUAAUCCACCACCGAGUGCGCCACACCACCGAGUGA